AUUCAUCAUUUCGGAGUGACAGCGAUUGCAUAACUUGUUUGGUAACAAACGCAUGCUGCAAAUGUCUUGGGGUUUAUGUUAUACAAAUUAGCAACAAGAAAGCACAUAUUCGUUGAAAUAUAUAUCGCAGAUAUAUGUACCUGCUCUAAACAAGCCCCGUUUUUACUCGGAAGCGACUUCCUGCUUUGGCACAUCUUAAUUUGUUCCAUCAAAAUGCCCGAGGGACCCGAACUCCACUUGGCCAGCCUGUACGUAAACAAAAUGUGCGAUGGAGUGGUCUUUAGUGGACCGGUUAUAAAAUCUGAAGUCAGCAAAAAUCCAGAAGUGGCCUUCACCUGUGAUUCAUUUCGCAUCACAGCCACUUCCAGAGGGAAGGAAGUGAAGUUGACUUUGACGCCCAUGAAGAGUGACGAUGAUGGGAAGCGGCGAUCAAAAGGUGGACAGGCAGAUCAACAUAUGGACAUAGUCUUUCGCUUCGGGAUGUCGGGUUAUUUCCGCUUUACGUCAGAGGACGAAGUUCCUAAACAUGCCCAUCUACGUUUCUACACCAAGGAGAAGCCUCGCAGAGUGCUGAGCUUUGUAGAUACACGAAGGUUUGGCAGCUGGCAACCCAAUGGAACCUGGCAGCCUGACAGAGGGCCCUGCAUCAUGUUUGAGUACAAGAGUUUCAGGGAGAAUGUCUUGUCUCAUCUGAGCGAUCGGGCUUUUGAUCGCCCAAUUUGUGAGGUCCUGCUGAACCAAAAGUACUUCAAUGGUAUUGGGAACUAUCUGAGAGCUGAAAUCCUGUACAGGUUGAACAUCCCACCGUUUGUGUGUGCGAGGGACGCACUGGAAGGCCUUGAGUUAGAGGAUGAAUUUGAGGACGGGAAGCCAGUGAAAGACGAGAUCACAGACACAAAGACUCCAGAGAGGGCUAAAAAGAAAGGAAUGAAACGGGAGGCGGGGGAUGUCCUCAGACUUUGUCAUACAGUUCCUCUGGAGGUCGUCAGCUUAGGCGGUAAGGGCUACGACCCUGAGAAGAUGGACUACUCUGCCUUCGAGGCAUGGCUGCGGUGUUAUUAUGUUGAUGGAAUGAAAUCAGUUCGGGACCACAAUGGCAGAACAAUGUGGUUUAAGGGAGACCCAGGGCCCAUGGCACCCAAAGAUUCCAAAUCACCCAAGACAAAAAAGAGGGCAAAGAAAGAUGAUGACCAUGAUUAUACAGAGAAGAAAAAGGUGGCCAAAAGCAUGAAAGAGAGCACGACAAAGAAAAGGGUGGUCAAAAAGGAAACUCCCAAAAAAGAAAAACCCACACAUCCAAAAGAAGUCGUUUCAAAGAGAGGAAAAGCUGAAAAGACCCAGGAAGAAACACCGCAGAGUGAAACCAAGUCAAGUGCACGUAAAAAGAAAAAUAGCAGCGUCGAAGCUGCUGCAGGCAGAGAGAGACGAAGUGGGAGAGUAACCAGAAAAAACAGCAAAUAAACGUGGAGUCAAAUCUUUCUAUAAAAUAAUUUUAUACUUGUCUAUUU